AUGGUCUCGCCCACGACACCACAUACUCCAAGGAGCAGACUUACGCUAGACUUGAGCGAAUUACCUGUCUCCACUUCUAAUAACUCAAGUCCUCCAGUCUCCCCUAGUAGUUAUAGCACUUACAGUGCUCUACCCUCUCCCACACUAUCUGGCUCUUGGUCUCAAACUAGGUCUCAAGCUGAGUUGACGGCACUACUCAAGGAUGCUUAUAUCCGUAUUAGAGAAAAAGAAAGAGACCUCACUCUCGCUGCAGAAAUUGGCAAAAGUCUCCUCGACAAUAACAAUGACCUUAAAGCAAAAUAUGAAGCACUCAUGGACCAAUUUGAAGAGUUCCAAAAACAACGACAACAAAAUUCAAAAUUCACUAUACAGGCAGCAGACAAAACAAAUGUCACCAGGCUGGCCCCGCCAAAUGGUUCACUCGAAACAUUCGAAGAAGAACCAAGUGAUUACGAGGACGACGAGAGCGAUAACGAAUCCGCUGCUGGUUUCGGCGCAUCUCUUCAUCCUAUCGCACGUUCUCGCUCUCCUAGUCGAGUGCCAAUGUAUAAGGAUUACGAAGAUUACAGAGAAUUGGAAAUGAAGAACGCCGAGUUGCAGGCUAAAGUAGAUAGUCUUAUUUCCGAGGUGCAAGAAAGCGACAGAUUACACAAAGCCAAGCAACGAAAGCUUGAAGCCGAGUUGACGGCAUUACAAGACACUUAUCAAUCCGCUACUCAAAAGAUCGAGGAUCUUCAGAAAGAAAACGAGCGUCUUCUGCAAAGGCUGCGAAAUAGUUUUUGGGAGUCGCGUAAAGAAAAGAAUUCGGAGAACGAGAAUGUGAUUGAAGAGUUGGCACAAAAAAUCCAGGAAUUGGACAUACAAAAUGCAGGCAUUGAACGAGCAAAAGCAGAAAUCGAACGCCGUUUACAACGUACACUACAAGAUCUCGAGGCAUUCCGUUCACAAUGUAAUACACUUGAAGACAAGACCAGAGACUUUUCCAAUCUCCAGUUAGCAUAUCACAAACAGACAGAGCUUGUCAAUCAAUUGAGUGUAUCACUAGAAGAACAGCGGAUGAUAAAUAUGGGAUUACGAAGGUCUCGAGCUGGAUCGUUUAGCGACAGUGGGUUUAUGCACCGAUUGAGUGAUGCUGCUGACAAUUCUGCAUUGGCCAGACCCCUGACAUCAAAGCGCAGUCUACUCGAGGAGUUUGAGAGCGAAUGGAUAUCUAAUAUUAAACGAGAUAUGAACUGGGGGGAUGAAUCUCCUCAAUUCUCGCCAGUAGCAUCUGAAGGCGAUCUUCGAGAGUUUUUAUUGAAGAAUGGAGUACAGCCAGAUUUUGAUGACGAUGUCUCUGCCAUUGAUUAUAUGUCCGAAGAUGAGUUUACCUUUUUGGAGGAAUUCGACGAAGAUGACGAGAUAGCAAUGAGGAGGAGAGAAUGGUUCUGGAAGCGAUGGAUAAGAGCAGUGUAUAGAUUCUUUAGGUGGAUCUGGAGAUGGAUUGAAUUCCUUUUCUUAUUGGGAGCUGCCGUGGUCUUGGCACUGUAUCGUGGACCCGACCAUUUAUUACCUGGCGACCUAUAA